AGGUAAGCGACCAAGUUUUAUAGAUUUCUCAAUUCUUCAGGGUUGAGCAGGAUGCAUCCUCCGCGAUUCCGGCCGGGAACAUAUUCUGUUUCUUCUCCCGAGACUGGCCUAUGGAAUCCCUACUGCACAGCUUCUUCUCCACCGCUUUCGGAACGGCAUGCUCAUGUUCUUUCUUGGGAUAUGUGUACACCAGUCCGGACAUCAUCUUCCGUUCUGCAGGCAGGCGGAUUCGUGUGAUCGUCGGGAUUCGACGCAAUCUGCCAAUAAACUGUGGGUCCAGACACCUGCCCGAAGUAGGCAGAGAGUUUCGAUUUAUCGGAAUCUGAGACGCCGACUUUACAUUUAAAGUGGCCUUACUGCCUUCUGCUCGGCUCCGUCGUUUGACGGGAAGCGGGUGAAUAAUAUCGGAUAAAUGCAGGCCAGUGUUUCUUCUAACGAUUACGCGUGAUAGGUUGCGUCUCCCUUUCCGUGCGUGCACCUCAACUGCGGUCCCAAUAUGCAGACUUGCUAUUAUUUGAAGCCUGUUGGGGAAGGAUAUGGGCUGAUUCUUUGCCUCGUCGUUGUGCGCUCUGCCCUGGGAGAUGAUCACGGCACUCACCCAGAUGCUAUGGAUUUGGCCGUUGAACACGAGUAAUCUGAUGAGCCAGGGGAACGAAAUGAUGAUACGUCUUUCUUUGCAAUUGAUGUCCAAGUGUGAGUGCCGUUGUGGUUUGCUUGAGAAGCCAAAAACAUCGCUGACCGCUCCUAUAGGACGAUUUCUGUACUGUCAAAAUAAAGUCUGAACCUCUGCUGCACGGUACCGAGAAGGAGUGACAAUCUUUGCGAAUAUAGCCGAUGGAUGAACGAUAUAAUCUGACGUCUACUCCGCACAAGUUGGCAAGGAAUG